AUGGAUAUGUCACACAAUUCCCCCGAACAUAUAAACCAUGAAAGUACUGGAGAGCUGGCAAACAUAAGGGAAAAGGUGGAUCCGAGAGUGCAAGACACAAUCAUGGAGUGGUGUUCGGACGAUCACAACAUGGCAUUGCAAACUUUAACUGAUUCAAAUAUUUGGAAAAAAACAAGCACAUUAAAGAAAUGGUUUUCCCACAAAUGGAUGCCUCAGAUACAGAAAUGGGCACAUCUCUAUCGGACGUCAGAAACACUGAUUGCAAUCCACACAAACAAUGGACUUGAAAGACAAAAUGAAAUAUUAAAACAAAAUGAUCUAGAGGGCUAUAAGAACUGCAUGCUUGUAGAAAUGAUCACUGUGCUACAUUCAAAGUUUUUCCCAAAUGCCUAUAAAAAGUAUGUACAGCUGAACUCGCUUAGCUCACAGUGCUAUAGAAAAUAUUCCGAAGAUGUCCCCAAUUUUUUAAGAAAUCGCCCACGUGACUUUGUCACACAUGUGAUGAAAAGAUUGACAAGCAAUUUAACUUCUGCAGACAUCAAAAUUAGAAAUAAUUCAUCAGGUAUAUUUGAUGUAAACAGCGAAACAGAACCUGGAAAAACGUACAUUGUCAACGUGUCCGAAAAAAUUCCGUCAUGUAACUGUAUAGACUGGAGAAAACACUUCAUGCCUUGCAAGCACAUGUGUGCAAUUUGUUCUUUUCAGAAUGAAUGGAGUUGGGAAAAACUAGAUCCCGCUUACAUUCACAACCCCCUUCUUGUCCUUGAUACAGACUGCUUGAUUCCUGAAACAGAACCAAGGGUGGACAAUGAGUUAAAAGAAUGGUGCACUCCAUCAGAAUCCACGAGUUCUGUAGCAAAGCUCCCACUACGGAAAAGAACAAAAAGAACCUGCCUAAUACGCAGUUGUACACAAAAGAUAAAGAGACUGCUAGAUUGCGUUUACUUACUGAAAGAUGAGGACUACCUCACAGAGCUUGAAACAUCCAUUGAUUUUCUUUUAGCAAAAUCAUCGAGCAAAAUACCCAAAGAUCAUGGCCUCCCGUUAAUUGAAACCCCCCCCAAAAAAAAAGAAAUUCUUAAAAAUGUUGUACCCCUUCCAAAAAGGCCGUAUGGGAAGCCCAAACAACUAGGCUCUGAACGAUUUGGGAGUAAGGGAGAGCAACUGAAACUGGAUGUUUGGGAGACUAAACAAGAUGGUGUAAAUGACUGUGGUGCUCUUGCCAUAGCAAAUGCAGUAGCUCUUGCAUAUGGUUUGGAUUUAAAACAUAUCCACUUUCGCCAAGAGGAAAUGCGAAAACAUAUCAUUAGCUGCCUCUCCAUGUUUCCCCAUGACACAUUCCAUUGUGCGCAAACGCAGGCAGCCGGGGCGCCGAUGAAAGCAGGUGUCUCUCCCCCCACAUGA